AUGACGCAACUGUCACAGACCGUAAAACUUAUCAACACAAUCGGCAGAGGCCGAGCUGAGGGUCUUCAUCCAGUUUGUUGGUACGGCCAAUCGCAAUACACAGCUCAGAUUACCCCUCCUUGGUGUGCUGGCAGGAGCUCGAUUUUCGAGUUUCAUGUCAUCUUUGUAGAUGACGGGCGAUUGGUGUCCGAGUGUUUGUUUUUGUUGUUGGUCGCCAUCGUGAUUAUCUUUGAUGAAAGCCCGUUAAGAAAUCAGGUUUGUCGGUUGGAUGUUUUGUUUGUUGUUGCCAGACAGACACACGGACACGAUAACGGCCACGGCCUCUUCUCGGACUCCCGGACGGUUAAAAGUGAUUUCUCAUUUUUGCAGCUGCUUAGCAUUCUGCGCAAUCAAGAGGCAACCAUUUGGGCUGUGUACCGACAGACGGGCUCUAUCACCGAACCCAUGCAUAAGCUUGCUUCUCCUUUGGAGCCUUGCUCUUCGAGGUGGGUGCUGCCUGUGGUGAAACGUGCUUUGUUCAUUUGUUGCAGUCGAUAG